AGCUGGAAUGGAACAUUUACUGGAAGAAGACAGGAAGAAAAAGGAGAAAGCAGAGGAAACUUCCACACCAGAAUACGCCAUUGGACUCACCAAUCCAGCCGAGGUUAGGGGUUAUUGUAUGUUUAACAAAUCUUUGAGCAAUUUACAGAGAUCCAUUUAGAUCACACGAUACUAACGAUGCUAGUCGUAUACGAUUGUCAUUCAGGCGUAUGAAAACGACUGCUGACGCCACUAUUCUUGUUCAUCCGUUUAUGGCGAAAUUUGAAAUGUGACAUCUUUAAUAUAUGCAUUUAUUCGAGUACAUACGCCAGGAUAAGAAUCGUAUACGACUAGUCGUAUCGUGUAGAUGGGUCUGUAUGAAUUGUUCCCAUGUAGUACAGUAAUAUAAUAUUUUGUUGAUAAUUUAAAACGAAACAAGUCCAAUCAAUAUAACUUCCGUACAUCCGCGGGACUCUAUAAGUAUCUUCUUUGUUGAUAAUAUAUUGGGAUUAUAUUAUGUUGUUGUCCUGCAAGGACCGCAGCAUCCACAAACGGUCUGUGCCUUUAUAGGAAAUACAACUAUCUGAAAAUAUAACCAGCACUUGGACGUUCUUCGAAAUGUUGAAGUCCUGCUUAUAUUUUUCAGUAUAAGAAAGCUGUGGAUUGACAGUAUAUUUCAGGAAGUUGCAUACCUAUCAAUCCGAAUCUUUCUUUAUUAUUGAUCCUACCUACACUGGCACAGAUUCUUCAACAUUAUGUUUUUCAAGUAGUUGUAUUUCCUGCAAAGAUUGCUGUUUCCUGCACAAUCCGAACAUCAAACGUUAUUUUGUUGUUGUUUCAAUAUUUAGACAGCCCAACCAGCUGCAAGCACAGCACAGACUUCAACUGCAACUCCGUCGUAUGCUUCCAUGGCAGGACUCAACACACAUCCACAUCUUCCCACGACCAAACCUGAUUCAACAUCGCAAGAUAACACAUUGACAGCAAGUUCUGCAAACUUUAGCCAAGAGUUGCAGGUUAGUACAGUGGAGAGUUAAAGGUUACUGUUGUUGAGAGCUACAUGUUAUUGUUAUUGUUAUUGUUGCCGCUGUUGUUGUUGUUAUUGUUGUUCUCCCUGUUGUUGUCGUCGUCGUUGCUGCUGAUGCUGCUGCUGUUCAUUAUUUUUGCUGUGAUUAUUGCUGUGCCGUUGUUUUUUUUGCUGUUGUUUUUAGUACUUUGGUUGUUGUUAUUGUUGUUGUUGCUGCUGCUGUUGUUGUUGUUGCUAUAUUGGAUUCCUUGCCGGCUGUUUAUAAAUAUAGAUAUUUUAGAGAUAGUUUAACGUUCAUAAAUUCUAUACCAUAACGUUCAUAAUGUAUUAAUUGUAUUAAUCAGUUGUGUGAAGGUAAAAUGUAAUCGAAGCCCGUGCGAUGAAAUUGCUUUGUUUUCCAAUGUUUUGAUAGCAAUACAGAAAGAUCCAAUCAUCGAAGUACUAAAAAUGUUAACGUUGUUUUCAGAUGCAUAUUGAACGAGAACGUGAGAAUAUGAAACGUCGUCUGACUGCAACAGCAGGACAGCAAGCCACCACAGGACAGCCAUCAACAUCAUUUAAAUCUGUUUCAUUGCAACCACCAUCAUCUCAAGCAAGUCUUCCUGCUCGGCGUCCUUCAGUACCAAAUCAACCUGUUGCUUCGACUCCUGCACCAAAACGAGACCUGAAGUUAACAGUAAGUAAUUUCCUGUCGUUGAUAACGUUGUACUAUAGGAGAAACCUUGCGAUGUAGGAUGGUGACGAAGACAGCUAUUAAGACAAUGAAAUUUAUAAUAUUUCGCGGGACGUUUAAACGUUACCAUCGCUCUGUUUAACGGUAACCCACAUAUUUUAGUUCUUGUGUACAAGGCAUACAGGGAGGCCGUACUCAGUAUCCUGCAUCACGACUGAAGUAAAAAUCUUCUCGCACUAAAUAAUCGGUUAAAAAUGCAAUAUUCCUAAUUUUAGUUUUUAUGUACAAGGCAUGUGCAGUAUAGAGAGACCGUACUCAAUACUGGCUUAGUACUGAAGUAGAAAUCUUCUCACAGUGAAUUUCAAAUUCAAAAAUGUAAUCAGUUAAAAAUGCAAUAUUCGUACCUACCAUCAAUAAGGCCCUGCCUUUAUAACCAGUGGAGGGAUGGAUAAGAGAACGACCCACAUGAAAUCAAUCUACAAUUGUUGUUAACCUGAAUACUCCUGAAUAUUUGCAUGCUUGUUCACGCGAGUGUACUGUACAUAAAUAGCUAUCAGAAAAAAAGAGUAUAACAGAAGAUAAUAUCCUCUAGUGUUAGCCCCGGACAGCCGAUCAAUUUUUCCUUGACGAGUUCUUUUGCCAGUUUACUUGCUCGUGGACACGACGAAAUGGUCUUUUUUCGAUCAAGUGCUGCGCAAGUACUUAUCAAGUUCUCCCCUAUACGAACAAUUUUCCUUGUUGAAAAGCUGGCAUGAAUUUUAAUUACAGAAUCAUCCUCAGAGGUUUUACUAUUUACAUUUUUGUAGUCCAACACUCCUGAAUGUUCAUGAGAUCAAAAUUUUUUCCCCGUUGAUCUUAAAUUUCACCCUCCAGGCUUCAUUCGUGGUGGGAAAAAACAAAGUUUUCAACUUGGUGGAUAACUGGAAUGUGUUUAAGUUGUGUUUUUCUCACAGUUCUCUUGUCAUUUCCCUACAGCGUGAUCAGAUGUUAGCAGCCCAAGAGAUGUUCCGUGAUGCUAACAAAGUUACUAAACCAGAGAAAGCUUUGAUCCUAGGAUUUAUGGCCGGGGCUAGAGGUAUAAUAUGAGUGAUACUGUAUAUACGUUAACCAACAGCGUUUCCUUAAGGUGGCAGCCAUCCCAAUAUUUUUUCGUAAAAUGGAAGAUUUCUGAUAUAAAUCCGACGUUUUCUAGAAUUACUUGUUCUGAAAAAUAAAUGUUAUCUGACUCGUAUGAAACAAUAUCUAUAGAGGUUGAAACGUUUCAUGAAAUAGUUUUAACUGCCGUUGCUAUGGCAACAAUGACGUUUUACGUUUCACUAUGAUUUUGGGUUCAAAAAUGCCUUCUUUAAUUGUUUUAAAUUAUUUACGACGUAAUCACGUGAGCCGCGACCAAAAAGGAAUCCAGGCAUAAUAUUUGACUUUAUUGUUGUUCUUUUUCUCAGAAAACCCAUUUCCUGAUCAAGGUCCAGUGAUCACAGUAAAGUUGAGUGAACACACAGAGAUAAGUACAAACACUCCACAAACACAACUUGUGGAAAUGUUGUUUGAAAUGAACUAUGACACCGGACAUUGGAGAAGAUUAAAACGAACACGUGUAGUUGCUAGGCAACAGCCUGCAGAACCGAGUACACAGUAAGGCUGAGACUGAUUCAUGUAAGAAAUCUUGAGAUCUUUCAAUAUAUAGAUUUAGCUGGACCGUGCCAGCGUAGGUAGUGACAGAGACACUAAAAAACCGCAGAUGGAUUACAAUGCCAUUUCAUGUGAGCCUCCUUGAUAAUACUUGCGAUAGAUGAACCAGGCGGAAAUCGUAAUCUUAAGAUAAAUAUUAAUGCCCAGCAGAAAAUACGUAAAAGAGCCAUAACAAAAAUAUAGUUUAAAAUAUUUAUUAGAAAGCUAACGUUUCGUCUUUAACUUAAGACAUCUUCAGAGCAAUGACAUACAAAGCGGAAAACACAGAAAUAUGAAUAAAUUACAACUAUUUACAAGAUAUUAUAUUACAAAAGUAGAAAGAGGAGUAUCACGAGUAUCUGAAUACUUGGGUGUUUCUCCUCUAACAGGCAGAAAAAGCAGUAAUCCGACCAUGUCUAGUAUCCUUUCCCAUCUUGAUAGCACUGGUCUUAAUGACUUUAAGAUUAUUUCUUGUUGCUCUUCUCCAGACGAACUCCUUGUUCGAGAAAGUCUUCUCAUUAACAAACUCAAACCCUCUCUCAACUUACAGUACAAGGCAGUUCGGUCCCUCUACUUCUACGCUGAUCCAUUCCUCUUUCUACUUUUGUAAUAUAAUAUCUUGUAAAUAGUUGUAAUUUAUUCAUAUUUUUGUGUUUUCCGCUUUGUAUGUCAUUGCUCUGAAGAUGUCUUAAGUUAAAGACGAAACGUUAGCUUUCUAAUAAAUAUUUUAAACUAUAUUUUUGUUAUGCCUCCUUGAUAAGCCUAUGACUUUUGAGGCAAACAUUCUAAUAAAGUUUAUAUAAAAAAAAGAUACAAGUACCUGAAAAAUCCUAAUAAAACUUGGACGUUUCGAGCGAAGGUUCUUUUGGUGACGUCGCUGGGAAGUGACUUGUAUUUUUCAGGUCGUUCAAUCCCUAUCCAUCGACAGUUUCUUCGCUGAAUCGAGCAUGUUUUGCUUGGAAGUAAUGGGAUCAAACGUCGUUGCAACUCUGGUAAACCUGUGUAAUAUACACCUUGAAAAUAAACAAUGCAUCAUCCCACCUCACAUUUCGUUCUGGAAAAUUUGAAAUGUAAAAGGUAGUAACUGCAGACGAAGGGCCUUCGCUCGAAACGUCGAAAUUCUCCUCAUAUUUUUCUGGUAGUUGCAUCCCUACCAACGAAAUCUUGUUCGUUUGAUUGGCACGACCUACACUGGCACAGACAGAACAACCUGCUUACCUCUGAACACUGAGCAAUCUUUCGUCUCUCAAAAACUGUAGAUAAAUAAAUGAAAGUAAGGAACUAUUGGGAGGACAAUUAAUAUUCAUCUGCAAUGAAGAAUUAAUUUAACUGUUGUCAUUUGUUACACCGUUACACGCUCACAAAAAUUGAAUGUGAAUGUCGUGAGAAGUGCC